UGCUGUUGCAAAAGCCACUGAGCAUUAUGUUGGCUAGAGCACAGCUUAAGGGACUGUUAGCUCAAAUUUUCAAUCUAAAAAAAAGUAUGAAUCCAAUACCUAGGACUUCUCCAAAUAGCCCGACUGCAUCAGGAUCAUUGGAACAAGGAAAUGAAUUAUUGUCUCAAAAUUCGACCACCUGCUCGAUUUUAAAAGAGUUUUUAAAUAAUAUUGAAGUGGCUUCUGAUGACGAGGCCGAAGAUGAUGCACAUAUUGAGCAACUCAAAAAAGGAUAUUCCGAAAUUGACAUUUAUAGCCCAAAGCCCGUGAGUUUAAAUAGGAAUAUAAUGGAAUAUUGAAAAGAAAAACAAUUUCAAUAUCCUCAUCUGUACCAAUUAGCCAAUGUUGUGCAUUCUGUACCUGCAACACAAGUAAGCGUUGAAAGAUCAUUUUCUGCGCUUAAAUUGAUUUUGACAGACCAAAGGUGUAUCCUUUCAAGCGAGUCACUGUCAAAAUUACUUUUUGUAAAAUUGAAUAAUAAUUAAAUAUAAAAAUAAUUUACUUUAUA